CCCAGAGCAAGAGGUAUUAAAGAUGGCAGCUUUGAUGAUUGUUUACAAAAUGAUGUAUUCGUUCAUUUGUUAAAAAUAUGCCAGGAUCCACUGAAUCAGCUACCAGUUGUUUAUUUUUCUUGUUACGGAAAACUUUUCUUGAUUUUCACAACCAGUCUUAUCUCAAUCCUUGCGACUUGGAGAAUGUCAGCAGUGUCUGAUCCAUUAACGCAGAGCCCAGAAAAUGUGUCUGUCUCCCCUGCUAUCCCCUCCCGUUUAAGUGGUGACGGCAGGCAACUCCCCAGCAUUCCAAACUCAGUGCCAUUCACAGCAGGCUCACAAAGUGCCAACAGGAACAGCAAUCACGUGUUGAACAACAGGGGGAGCAAUGGUUAUGGGCCUUUUUUACAGGAGUAUUCACUCAUGGCUGAAUACAAUCUGUUACAACAGAAAAAGAUUCAAGGUGUCUAUGUAAUGCCAUGUGCAAAAACUCCCUUAAUUUGGAGUGGCUUAAUAUUCAUACGACAAGGUUUAUAUCUUGGAGGCGCGUUUAGGUUUUCUCUCACCAUUCCAGAUAAUUACCCUGAUGGAGACUGUCCUACAUUUGUCUUUGAGUUCCCUAUAUUCCAUCCAUUGGUUGAUCCAGCCACAGGAGAGCUGGAUAUUAAAAGAGCUUUCCCAAGAUGGAGAAGAAAUAUAAAUCACCUCUGGGAAAUUGUGCAGUAUGCCAAGAAAGUUUUCUACAAAAUAGAGACCAAAUCAGCAUCAAAUCUUGAUGCAGCUGUUUUAUAUGAACAAGAUAGAGAUGUGUUCAACAGUCGAGUGGCCGAAUCCUUAAAGCUGUCUAAAGACAGGCUGUAUCAGCCUCCUAACCUAGAUGACCCCUAUGCACUCAGGUUCAGUCCGUGGAAUGAAGCCAUCCACCCAGAUACCAAGAGACAGAUGAUUCAGUCAUCACAGAAACAUAUACAUGGUCUAAAGAAGCAGUCCAACGAUGCCGGAUCAGCCAAUCCAUCGGAUCUUGGAUUAACAUGGAUAGAGUCUGGACAAACCAAAGUUUUUACCCGUGACGAGUCAGGCAAUGCAUAGCGUUGUUGUAGGUGUGGUUAAUUAUUUCUUGCCGUCAGUUGUGAACUAUUUUACCUACUAGAUACAUCAUUCUCAGUGUAAAAAUAUCCUCCUUUAAACAGCAGGUUAAUUUAUCUACUACCUACAGGGAUUGUCAGUUGUUAGUUUAUAUCUGGGGCAUUUUUUUACCUACUAGCUACAUCAUUGUCAGUGGAAAAAAAUCCUCUUUUAAACUGGGGGUGAAUUUGUUUAUGUACUACCUACAGGGAUUGUCAUCAGUUGUUAGUUAAUAUCUGUGGCCUACAACUGUUUGAGAGGCUUUUGUCCAUCAAUUGCUACCCAUUCUGUUUUAAUUAGUAUUUGAGAAGUUUAAAAUAUCAUUAAGACAAAAGAGUUAUUUCUUAAGCAAAUUACUCAGGUAAUAAUUCUGAUGUAUUCAUCUCUUAUAUGGUCAUUAGAGCUCUGUUAAAACUCUGUAACAUAGUUGAUCUGGGUGUGUUUAGAUGAGGGCUGGUCAUUUGAGUGCUGUUACAAC